AUGGCAACGUCCACAGUGAACCAAACAGGGGCCAUGCGACAGCUUCAGCACGAAAGGGCUGUUGAGUUGGGCCAAUAUGGGGACGAUCACUCUGAAGACGACAAGGGUGGGGACUACGAUGGCUACCUGGACAUAGGGACGGAGCUACUUGCAGCGCUCGAUGCUAUCGAGUCAUCGGGGACUUUUGCUUCAAAGGGCGAACUCCCCUAUGUUGACCCACAGAUCAAUGUGCACGAUGUUGGCACAAUUACUCUCCCCCUACAAGAGUCACAAGCGCGCCAGAUGAUCGAUAAAGCGCAUCACGCACCAUAUGGCAAGGGCAGCGAGACACUCGUCGACACUGCAGUGCGCAACACCUGGGAGCUCAAUCCCGACCAGUUUGAGUUUGGCAACCCGGAAUGGGACAAGUACAUUGAGGAAGCUUGUGCGUGUGCCGCUCGUGACUUGGGCGUUGAUUCACCCGUCUCAGCGGAGCUUUACAAAAUGUUGAUCUACGAGAAGGGUGCAAUGUUCAAGCCUCAUACUGAUACUGAGAAGGCCCCUGGUAUGUUUGCGACUCUUGUGAUCGGCUUGCCUUCGCUCUAUGAAGGCGGCGAGGUAGCUGUCAAACAUCAAGGAGACAGAAUGAUCUUGGAGACGUCGAAACAUGGAUUCUCAUACGUCAGUUGGUAUUCGGAUGUUAUCCAUGAGGUUCUUCCUGUUAGGUCUGGAUAUCGAUGGGUUCUCACGUACAACCUUUGCAUUGACCCCUCGCGGCAACGCCCGACAGCUUGCCUUCAAACAGACGAGGCACGAUACCUUCAUGAAGUUUUAGAGGAUUGGAUUGCUCAGGAGGAUCGGGAUUGGAGUCACGCCUACUACAGGCUUGACCACGAGUACACUCAAGCCAACAUCUCCCUCAAUGCCCUUAAAGGUCGGGAUCUGGCCUCUGUCCAUCUUCUCCAGGAGAUUUCAAAGACCCUCGACGUGGAGAUCUUCCUGGCCUUGAUAACAAAGUCAGAAAUGGGAUCAUGUGAAUAUCAGGGCUCCCACGGCAGACGGUCUUACUACGAUGAUGAUUACGGUCAGGAUGAGGAUUACUACGGCAGAUCUGAGGCACUCCAUGAUCUGGAAGAAAUCUUCGACACGUCAUACGAGAUAACCUCGCUGGUUGACCUGGAUGGCUCUCAGGUAGUGAAGAAGAUGCCAUUUGAAAUGGAUAACGUUCUCCAAGAAAAGUGUUUUGACGAGGUUGACCCAGAGGAGGCCUACGAGGGCUAUCAAGGCAACUCGGCCGUGGUCAUGGUGCCUAGAGAUUCGAUUGCCGAUUUCUUCCUGGACUCUUGGAAGAAAAGCAACCCCUACUCUCACAAUAUUGAGAAAAACAUGACAUCCGUCAUUGGCUUCCUUGCCAAGUCUUUGUUGCACAAUUCUGGGGACGAGCUUUUGAGGGAAACAUUGAAGGAGCUCUGCCGAAAAGUUUGGACCGUGGAUGAGAGCAACGAGGUUGGCAGGUAUCGCUACAAGACGGUUCUUCCCGAGCCUGUAAUCACCAAAGUCCUUCAAGUCGCUAUUGUUUUGAAGGACCAAGAACUCAUCAAAGAUGUCGCCGAUCACCAUGAAGGCAAUUUGUCUCUUGAUUUCUUUAAAUGGGCUCAAGAGCAGCUUGCCGCGGGAGCGGUCGCUUUUGAUAGCAUCAAGGACAGUCUGUUACGUACCAUUCUGGUCUUCCCGGAACUAUGGAAACGACAGGUUGCAGUCAACCAUUUAGUCCCUCACACUGAACCCAUAUCGGACGACGUCCGAUCAUGGGUCGAGAUAGCGCAUGACGGAAUAUUGGAAAUGAUCCCACGGCAGGAACUGGGUCCUCAAGAUGGACACGCCGUGGUGGACAUGAUACCAGGGUAUCAUGACUUCGACUACCUUUCGAGCCGUGUCGCUCCUCUGGUUGAGGGAAGACUUCCAGCAACGUCAUUCAUCCUUGCUUUCUUGUCCCGACUUGAUCAAUACACGACCCAGGGCGCCUUCCCCGCCGAGGACGGUACAAACUUGUAUAGGCAGGUUGCAAAAUCUCUGGCCAAUAAAAUCGACAUUUACACGCUCGUUAGUGAAGGUGGCGAUGAAGAGUCUGCUGCUAAGCUAGGGAUCCUUGCAUUCUUGAAUCCUCGGAAACCUCAAUCUACACCACACUCGAAAUCCUUGGUGGUUACUCACGAAACACUGGCGGACUUUAUCUCGACCCUCAUUCGCAUCAACUCUGACAGCGAUUCUAUGAUGGGUUUCCUUUCCCGAAGGAUCUGUUUCCGUGCUCCUGCAAUCAAGUCAGCCACCUUACAUUCGCUCUGGCUCCCAUUCCUGCACGCUUUGAAUAAAAUCUGCGAAACGAACUCGAUACCGUCAACUACGCCAGAUUACCGUCAGAUCUUUGCUGCCAUCCUGAAAGCCUACAUCACCAACUACGUCGGCGAAAAGCCCAUCGAGGAUACCAGUUCCGUUCGCCCCACCGUAACAUCUUGCUGCGGAGACUGCACUCGGCUCAACGCGUUCCUGACAAACCCCGACGCGACAGUUGGCAGGUUUCCUGUGAACAAGCAACGCAGGCAGCAUUUGCAUCAAAAACUCGACCAGGCUGGAAUCGACUGUACACAUGAAACCGAGCGAUGGGGAUCGCCACAAACAUUGGUAGUGACCAAGUCUUUCCGUCAUCACGAGGUCGCUUUGGCAGCAUGGAAGAAAAGAAAGGGGGAAGCAGCACACAAGCUCCUGGACUUCAACAAGAGCGAUUUGACCGUCUGGUUGGGAGAUGACUACCAACACCUCAUGGGGAUGGUCGAUCUUGGCCACCCUUCCGGUCAGCGUUCAGCAAGGGCGGCUCCAACAUCCCAGCGUCUCGCGCCGAUCUCAUCUAAUCAACAGACGCGGCCAACGCGGCCGUCCACAAAGGGCUAUGGUCGGUUGUUUCCUCAGAUUGCUGGCACAAAGAGAAAGGCGGCCGACGCAGACGUGGUUGAUUUGACGGGAGACGAUUGA